CCCAUACGGGUAUCUGCAUCGGAGAAGCUGAGCAGAGGCGGGAAAUGGCGCCUGGAAACACAACGGUGUGUCACUUCGAAGACGGCCCUUGAGCAGAGGGACAUACAGAAAAGUCUGAGGCGCUCGCAAAAAACAACCAGUGCCUCUGUUAUGGUUAAUCUGCCUUGAGUCAUUAUCUUCAGAUACAGCGAGUCACUAAACCUUACAUGUGACUGCUAAAACAAUGAGGCUGAGAAUGCGCAAGGCGUCUCAGCAACCAAACCCCACUCUGGCAAGCCGCACAUCCCGAAGCAAGAGGAGGCAUUCUGAAGUAGAGGAAGACCCUCCUACCAGUGGAGGGAGGGGAUUGUUUUCAACCAUCAAGAAGUUCAUCAGAGGAAAUGCUGUUAAGCUGCAACAGGACACCCCUGCAAAGAAGUCACGCCUCAAUUGUGAUGCUGACAACAAUCUUAUCACCUCUACCCCCCAAAACGCAAACACUCCCAGGAGAACUGCGAGCAGAGUAGGCAAGAAAAGCUCCAUCAAUGGACAAGCAACCAACCAUGACAGGAAAAAGGAGAAGCCCAAUGGUAGUUUGGAGGAAACAACUGCUGUUGAGGUGACUACCAGCCCUCCUAGAACCACACUUCUUGGGACCAUCUUCUCACCGGUUUUUAACUUCUUCUCACCAGCUAAAAAUGUCUCUUCUGGCUCAGAUUCCCCUGACCAGGCACUGGAGGCCGAGGAGAUAGUCAAACAGCUGGACAUGGAGCAAGUGGUGGAGACGCCCACUAGCACAGCUACGUCCACUCAGGACCUGUGUGCCACCACUAACUUCUACUCUAGUGUAUCACACUUGCCACCUCUCAGGCCUCCUCACAUGCUUGAGGCAUCUCCCACAACAGAGGAGGGAGAGCUUGAGGCCGAUGCAGACCUCCCCCCACUCACAGCCCCAGGCUCCAGUCCAGAGAUGACGUAUGUGGAUGUUCCUCCCACCACGGUUCCACCAGAGGCAUCCUAUGAGGAAGACUGGGAAGUCUUUGACCCGUAUUUCUUCAUCAAACACGUCCCUCCACUCACAGAAGAGCAGCUCACCCGUAAGCCAGCUCUGCCGCUGAAGACACGCAGCACGCCUGAAUUCUCCUUGGUCUUAGACCUGGAUGAGACUUUGGUCCACUGCAGUUUAAAUGAGCUGGAGGACGCAGCACUUACCUUCCCUGUCCUCUUUCAAGAUGUCAUUUACCAGGUUUACGUGCGCCUGAGGCCAUUCUUUAGAGAGUUUCUGGAGCGCAUGUCUCAAAUUUACGAGAUCAUCCUUUUUACAGCCUCUAAAAAAGUAUAUGCAGACAAACUGCUCAACAUUUUGGAUCCUAAAAAGCAGCUAGUGAGACACCGGCUAUUUCGAGAACAUUGUGUCUGUGUCCAGGGAAACUAUAUCAAGGACCUCAACAUCUUGGGCAGAGAUCUGUCAAAGACCAUCAUCAUCGACAAUUCACCACAAGCCUUUGCAUAUCAGUUGUCCAAUGGGAUUCCCAUAGAGAGCUGGUUCAUGGAUAAGAAUGACAAUGAGCUGCUGAAGCUGGUGCCCUUCUUGGAGAAAUUGGUUGAGAUGAACGAGGAUGUGCGGCCACAUGUUCGGGAGAGGUUCCGGCUUCACGACCUGUUACCUCCAGACUGAACUUGACCGCGGCCUCUCAGAGUAGGACAACAUGUAAAGACUGAAAAUAACAUGAGUGUAAAAAGCCUCCUUUUUGGAUUACAAACUACAACAUUGCCAUUACUUUUAAGAUUUUAGCCUUUUUUUCCUUUUUGUUUAAAUUCACAGUUGCUUUUUAAAAGGAAACAUUUUUAAAGAUCUGGGUGUAUUUUGUAAAAAAAAAAAAACAAAAGAAGAAGAAAAAAAAAAAGGAGUUUAAAAAAAAAAAAUCUGAAUGCAUUCAUGAAAUCACACACAUUAUGAACAAGCCCAGGUAGAGUCCUGUUUGAGUGACUGUGUGUGUGGAGCCAGAUAUCAGCUCCACACUAAAUUCUGACGUCUUGGUGCUGGUGUAGUGAUACGAAAAUGCCACCCGGUGAAGAGGAACUCCAUCCCAGUCUUUGAACAUAAACCAACAGCCCUGGUGCUCAUGCUGUUGGUGCUGUCAAAUAAUGACACUCUGUGGCUACAGAACACUUUCAGCAGGAAUGACUGACCUGUGAAUCAAUCGGUGCAUGUGUGUGUGUGUGUUUUUACUCGCCACAUUGCCACUGAUUUGAUGUUUGGGGCAAACUCGCAAUCUGUAGCCUUUAAAAUCAUAUGCAUUCCUCUGUAGCUCUGUCAAGUUUCUAUUGUUGGUUGCAGUUUUUUCUGGUAAAACUGGUCUUGCAUUGUUCUUAAAAACAAAAAAAAAGAAAAAAGAUAGUGUUUCAGAGAUGUUUUACUUAUGUUUGUAAGAUGUAUUUUAAAAGAGGUCAUGUUUUAUUGUAAGCCUUUUUUUGUAUUAGAAAAACAUGGGUGCAUACUGAUGACAGUCCUCUGUAUUGUUAAAGAAAUGGAAUUAUCCAGGACUUCAAAGUUUGUUCUCGUAUAAUAGAGCGUUAAAUUGGUGUGUUUGCUUUACACAACAUUAAUCUCUAGGUUUAAAAAUCUUAACUGUAAAUCUGACGCGUUGUAAUGGUUAGAGGGCAUUCAUUUUCAAAAUGAGGUGUCAACAUUUACUGUUUUUUUUUUUUUUAAAUAGUAUUUUAGAUUUUUCUGUAAUCAGUAUCGUCUUUUACUCCUAAUCAAGUAUUCUGGCUAAAUCAGCGCUCUGUUUCUUUAUGUUGUACUGUGUUAUCUGAUUGCUAUAUCAGUAGCAUCAUGACCAAUGUAGCACAUUUCUGCCAGUGUGUGUUUAGGUCUACACACGGUAGAUCCUAAACCAGCCAUAUCUGGCACCAGCAGCAUACGGUUACUGUCAGCUUCUGUACUUUGUCAUGUUUUACUUGCUUUGAAGCAUUUAUUUUUAAACUAAGUUUAAAAUAUUCUGUUUAAGAAUGGUAACCAUAAGAAUGUCUUUUUUUUUCUUUUUUUUUUUCCCUUCCCAAACUGACAUUUUUACUCUGGUGUUCAACAUAAUUUUUGUAAUUGUGGCACAUAGGAGUUAGGUCAAGUUUAAUCCUAAACCUGGGAAGUAAAGGUAAACAACUCAAAUGCUCGUCUGUGGGUUUCCGUUAGAACUAACUUGAAUCACUGACAAUUUGGCAUGCAUUGUUGGACUUUUUUUUAGUUUGUGUUUGUAUUGAAUUGUAUUUUCUGUUCAAGCAAAUGUGAGUGUUUUGGUUACCUGCACAGUGCCAUAUGAUUCCUGUCCUUACAAGUUCCUCGUUAUGGCAUUUAUUCUGCAAUCAGUUAUAAAAUGCUUUGAUUAAAAAGAGACAAUCAGACUUCAAAGCCCUUCAGAUACUAAAACAUGAAGAUGCCCACCCUUACCCCCACUCCUCCCUUUUUCUUUUUUUUUUUGUGCAGUAUGUGUUGUUGACUGUGAGUCUGUUGAGUUGUGCUACUCCAUAUGUAAAUUUGUCAGGCAAAUCCUGCUCUGCCCAAACAAUCUUUAUUGCUUAUUUGGCACAUGUCCUAAUCAAAAGUGGUCUGCAUCUGCUCAGUGCUCGCCUGUCUGCCCUUUCUGAUCACAAGAGGGUAGCGUCCAGAAACUAGAUUUUAUAAAAGUGAAAUUGUUUAAGGGCACAUCAGUGUUUGCUCAGAAUGCUUUGAGUGCACGUGUCCAGACUAUGAAUGUAAAUUGUACAUGGGGUGAAGGCUCAAGUGUCUUUCCAAAUUCUGUGCUGUGAUCAUCCACUAAAACAAAA